UCGCUCUUCGGCGUCGGCGCCCCCGAGGCGCUCGUCAUCGGAGUCGUCGCGCUUCUCGUCUUCGGCCCGAAGGGCCUGGCGGAGAUCGCGAAGUCGCUCGGGCAGACGCUCAAGGCGUUCCAGCCGACGAUCCGCGAGCUUCAGGACGUGUCGAGGGAGUUUAAGGCGACGUUGGAGGACGAG